CAGCCAACCAUUGGAACGAAUCCUAUCUCUGUAUCCGCUUCAGGGAGAGGAGGGGACAGUUUUCAGUUGGACAUGGCUACGUCAGCAGUGGCGCAAGGAAAGGUUUGUUAUGUGACUCCCCUUAGCUUCAGUGCACUGAGGUAAAAAAAAAAAAAGCACUUUAUUUGAGUGUCAAUGUAUUUAGCACGAAAGUACUAAUUGGGGACACUAUAUUAAAACUAAAACACUAAACACUAAAAUAUAGUAGCUGCUCAUACAGAGGUGAACUGGCGGUCACGGGAAAAUAAAUGUGUCAUAGAAGGGACGUUUUAUGGACAUGAAACCUUCUGGGGGCAACCUGUUGGAAUUAGUCCCGGCCAGGUGACGAGGAGGUCCGCUAAUUAAUAUUCUAAAUUUUAUAACCAUGUAAUUAAUUUCCUCAAAUCUGCACGCAAGAAACAAUUACUUGUCAUCUAUUAGGCGUUACUGGUAACGCUGUGUAAGUUUUAGUUAUUCGCCAUAUCUUACUUGGCAACAUGAGUAAUCCAAUUUAAUGCUAGAAUACAGGGUAUAACACCAGGGACCUGUGGACUUUCAAAGAUUGUUCCAAACAAGAGGCAAUAUAUAGGGUACUUCGUCCUGGUCUCUGGAAUUGCUGUAUACUACUGCAAUUAUCCUCAAUGAGUCGAUGUUAUUUCAUCAGGCCUUCUACACGGCUUUCGCUAACUACACUAUCUUUACAGGUAGAAGUAUGUAAGAGGAAGGGAACUGAUAUUCCCCUAGGAUGGGGUGUGAACUCCAAAGGACAGGUAAGAGUUUCCGUGUAAAGGCGUUUAUUUUUGUACGCAAGUUGUGCAUAUGAAAUCAACUGUUAUUUACCCCCCUCCCCUGGGUGGGGUAUUCAACAAAAUUUUAUACGUGGAGGCUCAACCUAGGCAUUGACGGAUUGUGGUAGCAUAAUGUUUGGCAUAAUUGGAGCAAAAAAGCAUAAUUUUUUAAACGAGCCCUGCGACGGCAUAAUUAGCAAAUUUUAGCACUUUUUGGAGCAUAAAUUCAUAAAAUUUAGUAAAUAUGGUGUAUUUUCUACAGAAAUAAAUUAAAUUUAGGUAGUAUGUUCUUGCAAUAAAAGGGGGUGGUAGGCCUACACGGCUUUCACCAGCCAAAAUGCUGCUUAUUGCAAUAAAGUUUUUUUUUUGGACGGCUGAGGGCCGAGACAAACUGCUAUAAAACACAAAUAAAUUUACUACAAUUGUUUAUUUAAAAAACAUCAUAAUUUGGUGUCGUUAUUGCACUCCUAUAUGUACAGAAUCUACGUCAUUUUAUGAGCAUAAUUUCGGAAAUCAGGAGCAUAAAUUGAGAAUUCUGGCAUAAUUUUGGCAUAAUUUGGCAAAAUUUCGAGCACUGCUAGUAGCGUAAUAUGCCACUUUUAGAGCACAAUCCGCCAAGGCCUAGCUCAACCCCGAGGUCCAACCCUUUACCUUUUAUAUUCCAUUUUCGACGGAAAAGAUUCUUCUUUCCAAGAGCCAUUAUGGCUCUCGUCCUUUCCUAUUCCCUUUAUUGACAAAUGGUACCCCUUUCACAUACCAGUUUAGAGCGAAACACCGUGAUGACAGAUUUCCCUCCCCCUUUCAUAUACUUCCAAUCAACUAGUGAUAUCCCUACCCUUCCAUAUGCUUGAACCCCGAGAAAGGUACCCAUUUCUUGCGGCGCCUCCCUUUAUAAUCCAUUAUAGGGAGUACCCGGGGAUAUUUGUACUCUGCACGGAGACGUUAUUGCAUUGUAACAACAAAAAUGCCAAUAACAUCACAGCUUAACUGACACACGACCAAUGACAUCGCGACGUAAUUGACCAAUCAGAUCAAUAACCAGAGUAUAAUACCAUCAACUGACGUGAUACAACUCACUUAGACUCUGAAGAUGACUACCGCACAGGUUGUCGAAACGUCAGUCACUGUCAACAACAGUCCUAUUCAGGACAGACAGCGCAGUAAAUGUACUAAGCACACAUAAAAGCCUAAAGGAGGACUGUAUUUUUCACGUUCAGUACUGGAGAUGGGACCGUCAUUUCUACGUGUUCAUCCGAGGCACGUUAACAUCCAACUAUUUACAUAGCAAAGGGAGUUCUUUCUCAUUAAUUUGUUUUGAGACUUUUGAGUACUCGUCCGAUUUACCUGGGAAAGUGAACCCUACCCAUGAUCUCCCCGCCCGGCAGACCAGGGGCCCCUUUCUCGAAAGUCCCGAUAACUUUUCGGGCCCUAAAAUUUCUUUUAUGUUUGUUCUGUUUGCAUUCAAGAUCAAAGUUUCAAUAAUUUUGAAAAUGACGUAACGAAACUAUCAGUUAACGAAGUAAAAUUGGCUGGUUUGUGAGCAAGGAACUGUGCUACUAUUCAACAGGUGUAUGAUUUUAAAAUUUGCCUUUGAAGUCGAAACGUUAUCAGGCCUUUCAAGAAACGGGCCCCGGGGCCCGUUCAGGCUGACAUUAAUUACUGGAUCUGACAGUAAUUACUGGACCGACCCCCAAAGAUCUUUGGUUUACAUUCACUAUAAGAUCGAGGAGAUAGCAAAAAUGGUUUCAAUAGUUUUCCAGAUAAUGUAAUAAACCAAUCGCUUAAAAAAAACAGGGGCGUAGGGCGUAUACUACCUGCACGCACGGUACGCACGUGUGUACCUGAAAAAGUCGAGGGUACAAAAAUUGUAUAUAAUAAAAAAGCGAAUUAUCUGAAAAAAGCAAAUAAAUUUAAAAAGCACGAUUUUGCGUAAUUCAUUAAACUCUGCUAUUUUUUUUGAAAUACUAUUUUUUUCUGACGGACGCUUCUUUUUUUAUACCCGAAUGCGAGUUUCAGGAAGGCGACGUGUGAUUCAUAGGUAGACAGAUAUAUUUCAAGAAAAGGCGGGAAUAUUGUGCAGAUAGCGGCAAGCCAGAUGUACAUGUAUAAAGCAUGAAAUUGGACUGGCUUGUUAGCUCUAUCUGGCUGAACAAUUGUUAUUCUAUCCUAGGAAACUACUAACCCGCGAGAGGUGUUAGAUGAAGGAGGUGGUCUUCUACCUCUCGGUGGUAAAGGGGUUUCCAUGUCAGAAAAAAUAUAUAUAUUAAUUUAAUAUCUUCCGUGAUUUAUACAUAAAAUUUUAUACAUAAGAAGAAUAAAUAUAAGUUUGAUAUUCAGUUGAAUAUAAGUUAGUAUUCAGCUGAAAGAAUAUAGCAGAAGGAAAAUAGUAAACGUGACAAUAGUACAGAAACGUGUUUUAUGUGAAGCAACCCUGACCCUAGACAUAUGGGACGAAGCAGCCUUUGUUUACCUUGAUCGUCAAAUAAAAAAUAACGAAACAGGAUGAUUAGGUUUAGGGAAACUUUGGCAGGAAGUUAGAAAAAGGAUCAUUAAGUGUUUAAAUAUGUUAUGAACAGUCCAAUGGGGAGGAAGGGGGAGGGGGGGAGGAGAUAAUAACACAAAAGAAACAUGAAAACGUUCCUUUAUCUACUCUUGCAAAUGAAUAAGUUGGUUUGAUUCUUGUUUGGUAACCCGCUUUCUUCCCCUGAACUUUAGUUCUGCAUUUUAUUAAUUUUUAUCAUUAAUUCGUCUUUUUUAUAUUUACUUAUUUAAUAGCCGGCUAUAAAGGCUUUGGUUUAGCGAUGAUAGUGGAGGUGUUUUGUGGAAUUUUGUCUGGUUCAGCAGUUGGACCUCAUCUCAGGAAGUGGCAGGGAGAGGAAAUUGGACAAGCCGACCUGGUACUAGAAGAAAUUAUCUCAAUUCCUAUGGUAUCUAUGUAUUAAAUCCCAGCGCAUCUGUUGAUCCACAGGAGAACUGGUUGUGCAUAAUAUUUAUGAGUAUAUUGAGGAGUUUAGUAUAAAUGGGUUUAUCUUAUCCUGUUUUGGAUACCAGACACAGGUCGUCGCCUCAUCCUUCUCCCUGCAGCGAUGGCUUACUUCUGUACCUGAGUUUCUGCUACUUUCGGUCUCUGGACUUACCUCUUGACUUAUCUUAACGGUUAGCGUUUGGUAACGGGGGCGUCCGGUGGGAUUUUAUUACAAUGUCCCCCUAAAACAUUAAGAAAACAAAUGGUCAAUUCAGUUCGUGGAGUGUCCAAAUGUCUGGUACCUUGCACCAUACAAGGGCUGCCUUCUUUAUACGUGUAUAUUAGCGUGAUUUAUAUCCUCCAGCUAGACUGAAAAAAUGACCUUUGAGAAACGAGCGCAGAAAUUCCACACUACCCGGAUCUGGGAGGUGCUUCUGAUUGCUUAUGUCACGAGAGAAAUUUUACUUAAAGGUCAAAUGAACCAAAAAAUUGACAUAUUUUCUUUUGUCGCUUUACCUUCACCAAACACUAAAAAGAACCAUCCUAAGUGAGAUUUGGGUAAAGAUUUUUCUUCCCCAGCCUUUAUAGAAAGAUAAAAGAUCAAAAUCCGAGCAUUUCCGAAAACGUUUCUGAAAUGGGAGCGUGAUAGACUGGAGACUACGUGACGUCCGUGACGUCAAUGUUGGUCUUUCAGGGCGGAAAAACGUUCUGCGCAAGCUUCUGCGCAUCCCUUAUUGCCUGCGUUUGUUUGUCUCGUUCUGUGAGAGUUCUGACUGAGACUGAAUAAAAUACACUAGGUGCGAACGUUUGCUCGUUGUAAAGGCUUUUUUUUUGUUUUUGUUGCUUUUUCGUCACUUUAAAAUUACUUUGGAUUCAGAACAACCAAUGUUAGAGUAAAAACCGAUCACUGUCAGUCUGAGGUGGAAUAAAACGUUUUGAACAUUUCCAAAAAGGUUUGUAUUUUUCUGAUAAUUGUGCAUUCGAUUUGAGUUGAUUUUGUGUCUAGUGCUUCGCCUUCUUUCGCCGGGUUGAAUUAAAACCUGCUUGUAUAUUCUGUUAUUAGUAGUUAUGGUUACUUUUUUUACAUGCCCAGAUUUAUUUACCUUUGCAGAACCAGCUUUAUCCUUGUCUUCAGUCAAAGAACCGUAACGGCUAACGCAUGCAAGUGAACAAGCUUGUGCGCUUUUAAGCUCUUAAGUUUUAAAAACUUUCUCGGAACUUUAGAAGGCCAGCAAGCUUACUCAAGAAGAAAAGACUACUUCGAUCAUUUUUCUGUUGCUCGAGUAACAAUAGUCAGAGUUUUUUUCCUUUGUUUUUUUCAGUUUUGAUUACAUAGUUUUGUUAUCUUUCUGUACGCAAAUUUUCCUUUCACUCACUGUGAAGUAGCGGAGAACGACAACUGCCAGCAGUGACUUCAAAGCUAUCGACUCUUUGCCCGUAAACAAUUGCUGGAGCUGGAUUUGACUGAAGCGAGCAAAACAAAUCCGUAUGUGCAGUUUUCUGUACUUUCUAAUGAUUCAGUUUGCUGAGUUUAAUUUGCUUGAAUGAAGACCCUCGCAUGGAUCGGACCAGUUAUUAAAAGUAGCUAAUCUAGCUACGGUAUAGUCGGAAUCAUGGCUUGGCUGCGAAGCUUGCAACUGAUCUUUUGCUUUUAAGAUCUUUAGGUAGGUUGUUUCCGUACAGAAAAUUCACUUCUUCUUUGUCAGCAGGUAUAAGAGCCUUAAGCCUUGUGGUUUUUUUUAAUGAAAAUUUGUUGUUUUGCAACCUUAUUGAAGCUUUUUUUAGUUCACUUAAGCUGAAUUUUAUGCAUGAUUGAAUUGUUCUUUGCUUGUCGUAUCUCUUUGCCAGCUUUAAGUGGCGUCUAUGGUCCUUAAAGUGACCUCAAUCGGUAAUUAAAUCUUAUACAUAAUUGGAAAGACGUUUUUGCAAUAAUGUAACUUUAACUUUGUUUGAAGGAAAUCUUACUAACGCGUAGGUUUUUAGCAGGUGUUAUGCAUGUUCAACUUGACAACAUAAAGCAAAAUUAAUCUGCGCGAAACGAUCAAGUUUAGAAAUCUAUGGUUGCUUUGAAACCGAUCUUGGGGAAGGUUUACUAGAUAAAGAUUAACGCUUUUUCUGCCCACAUAUCAACGCCAAAGCUUCUACAUUGAGGAUUUUGUUUACAUUUUAGUGAUCUGCGAAGCUAGAAGUGUCCGAUCGAGCGUGGGUUUUAAAAUAUCAGCUCGAGUGCGACAAAGUUCAGUGACCUCAAACACAUUGUGGGCAAACUUGAAUUUCUUUGGGCAGAUUAUUAUACAAAGAUAUUUUGUUUUUGUGUCCACUGUGGAGCUCCGGACCUUAUAUAUCCGGGAACUUCCUCAUAUGAACACAUUUUGUGAAUGCAUCUUGAAAAAAAUCGGACUUACGCACGCACAUUUCCAGUACAACUCAAGGAAAUUAGUAAAUGUCGUUAAAGUCAGUUUUACUAUGAUGUAUUCUUCGAGAAAAUUAAAUAAUAAGAAGGUUAUAACCACAGCUUGCGACUUUUGAAGACAAAUUGCCUGUUCUUUCCAGGUUUAUGGCCGCACAAACCACUUCUGCGCCAAGUCGACGCGAAAAACUCUGUUUGGAAUUUCCCGCUUUUUUUCACCUGACCAACAUUGACGUCACAAGCUGUUUUUUCCGACAAUUUUUCCGACCGCUCUACGAAGAUAAGGGCCAAAAAAUAGCAAUUUUUAAUUGCAAAUAUCUCGGAGAUACUGGCUUCAAUUGAGCUGAAACCUCAUGGUAUGUUUAUUUGGUUCAUAUUAAACACAUUUCACUAGAAUUGAACUAAAAUAAAAAAUGUCGAAUUUUUGGUUCAUUUGACCUUGAACCAAUUAGAAGCACUUUUAAACAAGUCUAGGUAGCGAUCGUCAGUAUGGAAUUUUUGAGCUCGUUUAUCAGACGUCACUUUGCGGGAAACCAGUGCUGGCGGGCGCCAUGAAAUUUCGGCUGUUUUCUUUGACUAAUAUCAAGCUCAUUUCUUUUCAAAUUGUAUCCGGCUUUGCGUUUUUAUUUCACUAGGGUCAUUGCUUUGUGGCUGUGAAUCCGCAAACGUUUGCUGAUGGUUUUGAGGAGAGGAUGCAGUGUCUGAUGGAUCAAUACAGAAAUAUGGAUCCCGUAUGUUCUCCUGCAGUUUGUAACAAAGACAGUAAAUACAUUUAACGAAAAGUAUCAAAGUGUAGUAAGAAAAAAAAGUGGCACUCAAAACGUUUUUCAAGGCCAUCACUUGUUCAAAGCAGAAUAAUCGCGCAAAGAUUUUCAAAGCUGCUUGUGUCUGGUAGCGUGUUUUGACACAUGAUGGCAACUGCUUAAAGAUUUCUUCCAGCUUAGGCAUUUCCAAGUCACUCAGAGCGCUCUUUGGACAUUUUUCUUACUUGUAAACAACCCUGUUAACCUUUGAGGGCUUCACUUACUUAAUUAUCUCACAAACAUUUUCAAAACUGCGCGUCAAGUUGAACAAGGCAAAGAAAACAAGUUUCACGUGAAGUCGCAGUCUAUGUUUCUGCUCCGGUACUGUGAAAAAUCAUGGGCAAGAGCCAAUCGCAGCGCGCGUAGCAUUCACCACAUUUUCUAAAGUAUAAGACAAUAAUAAGUUUAAAUGGUGCUGUGCAAAACGGCUAAGACAGAGCACGAGGACAGAUAAAGCAGAGGAUUCUAUUUUUGGGCCAAGUUUAACUCAAAAGGUAAAAUCCAGCAUGUCAAGGUACUCUUUAUUAGCUCAGUAAUCCAGCUAAUGGGAAUAUUUUAGGAGGAGGGCGAGCCAGCAGUUCUUGUAGCAGGCGAUCCGGAAAGAGAGCACAUGCGCAAAGUGAAGCAAGAUGGUGGGAUUUGUUAUCACGUGAACAUAUUACACGCUUUGGUGAGUGUUUAUACAGAAAUUGAG